GGGCCGUGCGGGGCGGUCCCGGGGCGGGCCCGUGUCCGCCCUUAUAGCGGCGUCGGCGGCAGCUCCCGGGGCGGCGCGGCCGCCAUGGACCUGCACAUCCUGGAGCACCGGGUGCGGGUGCUGAGCCUGGCCCGCCGCGGGCUCUGGCUCUACACACACCCGCUGCUCAAGCUGCUCUUCCUGCCCCAGCGCUGCCGAUGCAAGUUCUUCAGCCUGACGGAGACCCCCGAGGACUACACGGUCAUGCUGGACGAGGAGGGCUUCAAAGAGCUGCCUCCCUCCGAGUUCAUGCAGGUGGCAGAUUCCACGUGGCUGGUGCUCAGCGUGGUGUCCAACGGGCGGGAGCCCUCGGGCUGCCAGGCCACCGGUGUCACCAAGAUCGCGCGGUCGGUCAUCGCGCCGCUGGCCGAGCACCACGUGUCCGUGCUGAUGCUGUCCACGUACCAGACCGACUUCAUCCUGGUGCGGGAGCGGGACCUGCCCGUGGUCAUCCACACGCUGAACGGUGAGUUCGACAUCUACAGGGAGGAGAGCGGCGAGUGUGUCCCUGUCACCUGCGAYGACGUCAGCAACGGCUUCCUCAAGCCCAAGCCGGCCGCCAGCCCCACGCUGCACCCCGUGCAGAGCCCCCAGACCCGCUUCUGUGUCCUGACGGUGGCCCCCGACACGCUGCCCGCCAUCGCCACCAUGCUCAUCGAUGUCCUCUUCUACUCCCACAGCCCCUCGUGGGAUGCAGCCACUGGCAGCCAGGACCUGGACUCCAUCACCUUCUUCUCCUUCUCCCUCAUCGAGGGCUACAUCUCCAUCGUCAUGGAUGCUGACACCCAGAAGCGGUUCCCCAGUGACCUCCUGCUGACCAGCUCGACGGGGGAGCUGUGGCGGAUGGUGCGGAUYGGGGGACAGCCCCUCGGCUUCGAUGAGUGUGGCAUCGUGGCRCAGAUCGCGGAGCCGCUGGCGGCCGCUGACAUCUCGGCCUAUUACAUCAGCACCUUCAACUUCGACCACGCCCUGGUCCCUGAGGAGGGCAUUGCCGAGGUCAUCCAGCUGCUGCAGCAGCGGCAGGAGAGCAGCAGAUAGCGGCCGGCUGUCCCCAUGCCGGGUGGCCCGGGGUGGUGGCAGGAUGGGGUGUCCCCUCCUCUCCACCCCCAUUUGUUAAUUUUCAAUGAUCCCCCAGCACGGGGCAGAGCUGGGYACAGCUUUGCUUCCUGUUGUGCUGGGGAUGUGGUGGCUUUGGGGACAUUGUGGCCUGUGGCAGCGUCCCAUGGGAGAGGGGUCAGUCCCUGAGUGCCAUCCUGCCCCUCCAGCCCGGCCUGUGGGGCACUGUGU